AUGUCGACCGCAAGCCACACCCCCUCCCUCACCCCCUCCCGCUCCCCGACGCCCGAGCCGCCGCUCCAGCCAGACCACUUCUACGGAAAUGAAGAGAUCCGCCUGCCCCCCUCGCCCAGCUCCGACGGCCGCACAUGGCUUGAUCCUGCAGACGACCCCCUUGCGCAGCGCGGCAUCCCCGUCUUCCGACCGACAAUCGCCGAGUUUGCAGACUUUGAGGGCUACAUGAACCGCGUCGAGCCGUGGGGCAUGCGCAGCGGCAUAGUGAAGAUAAUCCCGCCCAAGGAGUGGACGGAAGCGCUACCUUCGGUGGUGCCGCAGCUCGAGAACGUGAAGCUGAAGAACCCGAUCGAGCAACAUAUGCUCGGCCAGGGCGGCCUUUUCCAGCAGCAGAACAUCGAGAAGCGACGCGUGCUGAGCGUGCGCGAGUGGGCGGAGCUCUGCUCGAAAGAUGAAUGGCGCGCGCCGGGCGUAGACGAGGUUGGGCUGCACGCGCGAGCGACGAACACGAAUGUGAAGACGCGAACGCGGAGAGGUCGCAAACAGAGGGCGUCGGAGACGGCCGAGCCCGAGGUGCAUGAAGAGCCCGAGGUUGCGAUAAAGCGCGAGGAAGACGAGGAGGACGAGAUCGAUGCGGAGGUAGCUGCGAAAGCCCUCAUUUCUCCACCCAACAGCAAUCGCACGCUCUCGCCCCCUGAACAGGGCGAAGAGAAUGCAAACGACACUAUCGCGCCUGAGGACCAAGCAUCAUCGUCGACAGCAUCAGCGUCAAUGAAAGCCCACCAUCCCCUAGCAGAAGAGGAAGAAGAGGAGGAGGAAGCGGAGUCGAAACAGGAGGAGGUUGGUAGAGAUGAGGAAGAGGUAAAGCCAAAGACCAAGGGCAGGCGCUCCGCGCAAACACGCGAGGCCCGUGAAGCCAUGAUGGCCGAGCGCGCUGCAAAGGACCGCGAGUUCCUGCAAACCUUCGAUCCUCAAUCUGCCUGGCUCCCUCCUAAGACCAAUGCUGGGAGCUACACCACUGAAUUUUGCAAGGAGCUUGAACGUCGGUACUGGAGGAAUUGCGGAUUCGGCAAGCCCGCCUGGUAUGGCGCCGACAUGCAAGGCUCGUUGUUCACGGACGAUACGGAUGCGUGGAACGUGGCUACUCUGCCCUCUGCACUCACCCGACUACUGCCGGCGUCGAACAAGGGCCUGCCCGGAGUGAACACGCCAUAUCUGUACUUCGGCAUGUGGCGUGCAACGUUUGCGUGGCACGUUGAGGACAUGGACCUCUUCAGUAUCAACUACAUUCAUUUUGGCGCACCAAAGUUCUGGUAUGCCAUACCGCAGGCCCGUGCCAACGCGCUGGAGCAGACGAUGAAAAGUUUGUUCCCUGGGGCGGGCAAGAACUGCUCCCAAUUCCUACGCCACAAGUCAUAUCUCGCAUCACCGAACGUGCUCUCGAAGUCGUCGUGUCGCCCGAAUUAUCUAGUGCAGCAGGCGGGCGAGUUUGUUGUCACGUUUCCACGCGGGUACCACGCGGGGUUCAACCUCGGUUUCAACUGUGCGGAGAGCGUCAACUUUGCGCUUGAAAGCUGGCUCGAGGUCGGGAAGAAGGCAAAGGCGUGUGGAUGUGUCAACUUUAGCGUGCGCAUCGAUGUCGAACAACUCCUUGAAGACCGAGCGGCAGAGAACAGGGAUGUAUACCGCACGUCUCAGAAGCACCGCCGCGUCAAGAGCGAGGCGGGCGUCGACAAAGAGGCUAAGCCGAAGGUGACCGCGCGCAAGCGCAAGUCCGACGGCGACGCGCCCCUCAAGGCGAAGAAGCAGAAGACCAAACCCACGCAGCCCGUUGCGUCGUCGUCGAAGUUGCCUCCGCCGUCGCCCACGAAGACGCUGAAAGUGACGCUGAAGCUGCCGCCGAAGCCCAAGGAGCCAGAUACGUUCCCGUGCUGCCUGUGCGUGUCGAUGUCGCAAGAGGGUCUGUUGCCCGUGCAGGAUCCGCCUGCGUGGUGGUACGAGCCGGGCUGCGCGGAGGCCGCCGGCGGGCAGCCGUGCAUGGCGCAUGCGGUGUGUGCGGACGUCGUGCCGGAGACGUGGGUCGACGAGGUCGAGGUGGGGGAUUCGGACGAGAAUGGAGAGAGGAAGAAGGAGGUCAGGGUGUAUGGUGUCGAUGGGAUCGUGAAGGAUAGGUGGAAUCUGAGGUGCACAGCUUGCACGAAGACGCGGCACCGCGCACAUGGCGCGCCAAUCCAGUGCACGAAGGGUAAAUGUCCUAAGGCGUUCCACGUCUCGUGCGCGCGAGAGGGUCAUUCGAGCGGGAUCGUGUUCAAGGUGCUGCGCGAGGUCGAGAAGGAGGUCGUCUUGCUCGACGGUCAAGCGCCUGCGCCCGCCCCAACACCCGCACCCGCAUCCGUACCCACACCAACACCCACACCUGCACCCACAUUCUCGGCUCCGGAUGAGACAAUCUAUGUCCCCAUUGAUCCUGCACUUGCGGAGCAACCCAUGGACAUGGACGUCGAUCCAAGGAUCACCGCCUCCGUUGCGACGGCCUCGGAGCCGGGUGCUGAGCCUCAAGACCCUCAGCACCAACCCUCGCCUUCCCUACAGGUGCUGAAGAGGAUCAAGAAGACGGAAGUCGAGGUACUGUGUCAUCAGCACAACCCUGUGAGUCGCUCAUCUACCAUAACAACGCUCAACGCGAUCCUCCGACAAGCGCUCAUCCCUACGCAGGCGAUCCUCGCGGAGAAGAAGGCGCAGCAGCAGGACCGGAUCCGCAACCAGCUCCUCGCGUUGCCGCCGAUGUCGCGCAUCAAGCUGCGUGUGACGGCAGGUGUAUUCGAGGUGACGCUCCUGCGCGUGCUCGAGGAGAGCCACGCGGUAGAGGUGCUGUGGGACCGUGGCUUGCGGCGCGAGUUCAAGUGGCGGAGCGUCGUGUUCGGCGAGACGGGCGGCGUGGUCGGCCAUAAGCCGACGGAGGCCGCCGCACCCGAGCACGAGCUCGCGGCGCCGCGUAUGUCGUACCCUCCCAGCGGGUCCGUGCCGCCUCCGUCAUACCGGCCGUCUCCCGCCGCGCAGUCGCAUACGGCGACCUCACAUACAACCUCGCACUCGAACUCGCCAAUGCCACCUCCAGCGUCCGUCGCGCGCAGCCCGACGUAUGCCACUCCGCCUCCUGCUACGGCGUCAAGCGCUCCACCCCAGGUGGCCACCGCGUAUCGGCCGCCUGUGUACUCCCAGCAGCCUGCGUAUCAGCCCCGAACGUCAACAUACCAGUAUGCGCCUGGAAGCUGGACGUACCAGUAUCCGGGAGCGUCCUAUGGCGCGCACCAGCACCAGUAUGCAGGCUCGUCUGGCCAGGCCUCGGCCUCGUCGUAUCCUUCUACCUCUUAUCCGUCAACAUCCUACGCCCAGUCUUCGUAUUCACAAACAGCCUAUGCGACUCCAGCACACGGAGCGUCAUCAUACCCUUACCCAUACGCACACCAUUCGUACGGAGCGUACCCGCAGUAUAGCGGGUACACGUACAAUCCUCCGCCUCCAGCCCCGCCUCCCGCAGUACCCAGUCAAGCUCCAGUGCAGUCGACGUUGCAGGCUUCCACCCCCACUCCCGUUCCCGCUCCGAAUCCCGCUCCUUCUUCUGCCGCGGCUCCCGUACCACCACCACCCGCACCUCCCACAAACACCGCUCAGAUGCAGGCACGCGGUCUGCAGUGGCAGAAGCCGUACACGGGGCCCAGGGAGCCGCUGCAGAAAGGGCCGCCUUUGACGGUUCCAAGCGUGCCUCAGUACUGCACGUUGUACCCGCCCGCACAGGCACAGACGCAGACUCAGGGCGGUGGAAGCGAGCCGCCGUCGAGCGCGCAGCUGCCGGCAGCUGUUGACCCUGCGUUGGGGCCGCCGUAG